AGGUAAGGGUGGGAAGAUGGGAGGCAAGUUCGGAAAGGUCGGAAAGUUCGGUAAAGGCGAUUUCGAUGAGGAUCCUGGGAGCGCGCGGCCAAGGUUUUUGAAGAUCGCAGGGCGCAAACCCGCCAGGAUUUUGAGCUUCAGAUGAAAAUCCUGCGAGAGGCCGAAGUCAUUUGCACAACAACCAUUGCAGCAGGAAUGGAUUUUCUGGCACGGCUCUCCAACUUUGAGGCCAUCUUGGUGGAUGAAGUUGCUCAGGCAACAGAGCUCUCGACUGCAGUACCUGUGAUCCUGCGCGGCGCCAACCGCCUUGUGCUGGUGGGUGACCACUGUCAGCUUCCGCCUGCAGUGUUGUCCCCUGAAGCAGAACUACGAGGGUUGUCGGUGUCUGUGUACUCCCGCCUCGUACAGGCGGGCGGAUUGAAGCCUUUCAUGCUCAACACGCAAUACCGAUCACAUCCCAAAUUGGCCGAGUUUUCAAGCAAGGCCUUCUACGACGGCCUGCUCAAGAGCGGAAUUGAGGCCACUCAACGUCUCUUGCCUGCGGGAGUGCCGUGGCCGAACAGCGAAUGUCCCAUAGCUUUCGUCAACGUGGAUGCACAGGAAGAAUUGGAGGGCGACUCCAAGGCCAAUUCAGUGGAAGCACAACUGCUUGCGAAUGUGGUCGGCAAGGUCUUUCAGCGGGGAGAGCUGAACGUCAGCCAGGUGGGUGUGGUGACGCCAUACAUGGCCCAGGUCAGACGCUUGCGACCACUGCUUCGGUCGGUCAUUCCACACGGUUCGGACUUUCGCCUCUUAGAGUGCGCCUCUGUGGACAACUUCCAGGGACGUGAGAAGGAGCUCAUAGUGUUCUCUGCAGUGCGAAGCAAUCGAGCAGGAAAUGUUGGUUUCCUGGCUGACUGGCGAAGAUUAAACGUGAUGUUGACGCGAGCACGUCGUGGAUUGCUGAUUUUUGGUAAUGCUGCAACGUUGAAGCAGGACCCCACUUGGCAAAAGUGGUUGGCCUUUGCCGAGCAGCACGACUGCAUGGUCAAAGAUCUGCCAAUGCCACAGGUGUACUGCAAGGGAUCACCUUUGUGGCUGGGCAAAGGAAAGCCUGUCAUGAAAGGCGUCCCAGUCGUUCGACCAGUUGGACCAGUUGGAUCAGUUGGAGCAGUUGCAGGCCGCAAUAGUGUGCUGGCUGCAGCACAGGCUGCGCGAGCAGCAGCGGAGGUCACAGCAGGCUUGCAACGCGGCGAUGAUGCUCCCUCGCCUCCAGAGGUCUGCCUUGGGUACCAAGCAGCUUUCCCACGGCCCUUCAUGCCCAUGCAAGAUCAGCAAAGUCAGAUGCAAAGGCAACUUGACGAAGAACUCCAGCAGCUAACGAGUUUGGAGUUGCAAAUGAAGCAUCAACAGCAGCAGCUGCAACAGAAGCAGUUUCAAGCAGCACAGCUUCUCUUUGUGCAUCCCAUCAUGGGGCAGGUGCAGAUGCAGCAGAUCCAACAGGAGAACUCAGAGCUUCAACAACGCUGGACAGAGCUGGAGACGCAAAAAUCUCGCCUUCAGGAGCGGAGCCAAGCAGUGAAAGCCACUGUGUGCAACUCCGGCUGUUCCAGCAACAACUUUGCUCCGCACUUGGAGUGUGCGGAGCAGAUGCAGAUUGAGAAGUUGCUGGAACAACAAUUGGGCUUACCGGGUGGCAACAACCGCACGCAUUCCCAGCUGAAAAGACACGAUUUCAUCCCAUCUGCUUGUGGCAGCACACCCAUCGUCGGCUCAAAUCGUCGUCGCAUCGAAAAACACGACGAGAUGGGGCUGCUCCGACGUUCCGCGGUGCGCUUCAAGCACAUCUACGCAGCAGGCGACAAGCAGUACGUGGGUUGUUGGGAGAUGAUUCCUCCAACCAUGGGCACAGCCUUGGGACCAGUGAACUAUGGAGCUCGUACACCUGUUCCCAAGGACUGGGUACUUCGAGGUAGUGGCAUCCACGGCCCAGAGAACGGUGAGGUGAUGAAGUUGGCUCUGUGGAACCGCCUGAAGCAGAAGCGUCCACAACGUCAUGUCACGACGGCCGAGUUGCAGGAAUACUUUCGCAUGGAGAUUGCCACUGUUUGGUGGAUGUUCGGCUGUGUCUUCUUUGUGGCGCCAUUGAACUGGUGGGGCAAGAAAUACCGUAUGGUCCACGAUCACUACCCUUGGUUCCCCAAGCGUAUCGACGGUACUCGCGGCGUCGGACCAUACGCCUGGUUCUUCGAGUGA